AUGACUAGUGAAACUUCCUCUUCUUCGCAAUGGAAAACGACCAUUGUAAAUGAGUGGAGAGCUCGUCGUUUAGCUGAAACGAAAGAUGUAUCAGUUUUAUUUCCACUAGCGAUGAAUCCGUUUGGGGAAGACGAAAUUUUAGCCAUGACGGACGUUUUAUUAACAGGUCGAUUAACAUUAGGCAAACAAAUUGAACAUGCUGAAAAGAAAUUUGCAGAAAUUGUUGGUGUACCGUACGCUGUGAUGGUCAAUUCAGGAAGUUCGGCAAAUUUAUUAUCUGUGUCAGCAAUAGCGAACAAGUUACGAGCAAAACAUUGCCAAGCAGGUGAUCAUGUUCUCAUACCAGCUGUUUCUUGGUCGACAAGUGUGUUUCCAUUGAUUCAACACGGUCUUCGUCCAAUUUUCGUCGAUGUUGAUCCACGUACGUUCAAUAUUUCAAUAUACGAACUCGAACGCAAAUUAACCAAUCGUGUGAAAGCAGUCAUGGCUGUACAUGUACUCGGAAACUCGACUAACAUGAAGUUAUUAAUGGAAUUUGUUCGACGACAUGAACUUCUUCUAAUUGAAGACACAUGUGAAUCGUUGGGAAGUUAUUGUUUAAUUGAUGAAAAUAGCCAACGGAAAAUUGGUGAAGGUGGAAUGAUAACAUGUCAUACAGAAGAUGAUUACAAUUUCCUCCGCUGUUUACGCGCUCAUGGUUGGACAAGACAUUUGACAAAUCGUCAGCAGAUUGAAGAUUUAUAUCCUGAUAUUGACUGUCGAUUUUUAUUUGUUAAUAUGGGUUACAAUCUUCGACCAUUAGAAGUUCAAGGCGCCAUGUUGAGUGUUCAAUUAGAUAAACUCGAUGAAUUCAAUCGACAUCGUCGUGAGAACUUUCGCCUGAUUAGAGAAAGUCUCUCACGUGAUGAAAGAUUUUCAUCGUUGAUGUCAUUGAUGGAAGCUUCGGAAGGGAUCGAUCCUGCUUGGUUCGGCUUAGCCUUUCUUCUGCAUCGUCCGUAUACGCAUCAACGAUGUGAGUUUUUGAAGUAUCUCGAAAAGAACGGCAUCGAAAAUCGUCCGAUUAUCAGUGGAAAUUUUAUUCGUCAACCGUGUAUUUCCACAUUCUGCGAGGAAGAACAUCCGGAAAACUAUCCAGGUGCGGAAGUGAUUCAUUCGCGUGGCUUUUUCGUCGGUGUUCAUCAAAUUCCUCUUGAUCAAGCUGUGAUCAAACAACUCGUGGAUAUCAUGUUAGCAUUUCCAUUCUCUCCUUAUCAUUUCACGUUAGUUACGGGCAGUAAUGGCAUGUUAGGUCGAUACAUUCGUGAUGUUGUCUCAGAACAAUCAUCUUCUACAGAAAUCCUUGACUCCAAGCCGCAGAAAAUUCGAACAAAGGAUUCUGAAUGGAUCUUUGCUACUCGCGAAGAUGGUGAUCUGCGACGAGUCGAAGAUGUGCAAUAUAUUUUCAAACGAUAUCAACCAACGCGUGUUAUUCAUUGUGCUGCACGUCUUGCAUCGUUUCAGCAAAUGUCUGCAAAACCAGUCGAAUACUGGUUUGAUAACGUUACAAUGAACAAUAAUAUUCUGAAAACAGCUUAUGAAUUUCAGACAUGGAUCGGUCAGAUAAAGUUAGUUUCGAUUUUGUCGACAGUUAUGUUUCCGAAAGAUGCACAAUUUCCAAUUGAUACGUCUUCCAUUUACAACGGUUCUCCUCAUCCAGCGUCUGAAUCGUAUGCCUAUGCAAAACGAUCCUUAGCACAAUUAACUCAAUGGUAUAGAACUGAAUAUCAUUGCAAUUUCGUUUCAAUUUUACCAUGUAAUUUCUUUGGUGCUUACGGCGAUUUCAAUCCGCGCACAGCACCGCUUGUCAAUGCAUUGAUCGCAAAAAUUGAAAAUCAAAAUCCAUCGAUUCCGUUACAAAUGAUGGGAACAGGUCAACCGCUACGGCAAAUUAUGUUCGCAGAAGAUCUCGCUCGAAUUAUCCUGUGGUCUUUAGAAAACUAUAGUGAAGAUCAGCCGUUGAUCGUCGCCGGAGAAGAAGUCUCGAUCUCUCAACUUGUUCAACUGAUUGCUCAACAAAUGAACUACCAGGGUGUAAUUCACUGA